AAACAAAAUUUUGAGGAGGCAUACAUGAAUAUGGGAGGAAUGGGAGAGCGAGUACUAGGAUUUGCAGAUCUUGUUCUUUCCAAACAGCAGUAUCCUGAUGGUUACGAGUUUACCACUGAACCGCCAAAUUUUCCACUCACAAAUCUUCGCUUUUUAGGUCUGAUUUCGUUGAUUGACCCACCACGUGCAGCUGUUCCUGAAGCAGUAGCUAAAUGCCGAACAGCAGGUGUGAGAGUAAUCAUGGUUACAGGUGACCAUCCAAUUACAGCAAAAGCUAUUGCCCGAAGUGUUGGUAUAAUAACAAAUCCGACCGCGGAAGACAUAGCUAAUAAGCAAGGUCUUCCUAUCAGUGAAGUAGAUCCACGGCAGGCAAGCGCAAUUGUAGUAAAUGGUGGUGAGCUUCGCGAAAUGAAGGCUGAAGAUUUAGAUGCUAUUAUUUAUCAUCACAAUGAGAUUGUGUUUGCGCGAACUUCACCACAGCAAAAACUUUUAAUUGUAGAGGCCUGCCAAAGACGUGGAGAAAUUGUAGCAGUAACAGGCGAUGGUGUAAAUGACUCACCAGCACUGAAACGGGCCGAUAUAGGAGUAGCCAUGGGAAUAACAGGGUCAGAUGUUUCAAAGCAGGCGGCCGAUAUGAUUCUACUUGAUGAUAAUUUUGCCUCUAUUAUAGUAGGAAUUGAAGAGGGUCGGCUUAUAUUUGAUAACUUAAAAAAGUCAAUAGCAUAUACUCUUACAUCCAAUCUUCCAGAGAUUACGCCAUUUUUAUUUUUCAUGAUGUUCGACAUUCCUCUAGCUCUAGGCACUUUAGCAAUUCUGUGUAUCGAUAUCGGAACCGAUAUGAUGCCUGCAAUAUCACUUGCCUAUGAAAGAGCAGAAUCGGAUAUUAUGUCUCGCAUGCCUCGAGAUCCUUUUGGGGACCGUUUGGUUAACAAGAAGCUUAUCUUCAUGGCAUACCUUCAAAUUGGAACUAUUCAGACAGUUGCCUGCUUUUUCACUUUUUUUGCAAUAAUGGCUGAGCAUGGCUUUCCUCCCUCUGUUCUCUUAGGAAUAAGGCAUGAUUGGGACUCAAAGGACGUUGAAGAUCUGGUAGAUGGAUAUGGACAAGAAUGGACUUAUAGAGAACGCAAGGAGAUAGAAUACACCGCCAGUACAGGGUUCUUCGUGUCUAUUGUUGUUACUCAGUGGUGUGAUUUGAUAAUUUGUAAGACACGGCGCAAUUCUAUAAUUCAUCAAGGUAUGCGCAACCAUGUUUUAAACUUGUCAUUGGUAUUAGAAACGGCUAUCGCAUGUAUUAUAUGCUACACGCCUGGGAUGAAAAAAGCAUUACGUAUGUACCCUGUGAGAUUAAUUUGGUGGAUAUAUGCAGUACCAUUUGGAUUACUUAUAAUUAUAUUCGAUGAAGGACGGCGGUAUCUUAUACGACACAGCCCUAAUGGUUGGGUGGAGCAGGAAACUUACUACUAAUUUCAUUAAAUUCC